AACCCACCUAAUUCAGCAACUUGCUCUUCUAUCUCCUUCUUAAAUCCCUCCAUUUUGCACUCUCUCAUAUCAUUAAUUUCAACUAUUUCUCAUAUAUAUAGUUUUCAAAUUCUGUUCUAAACAUUUACACUAACAAGAGCAACAAAAUCGUUAUGGAAGGUCUUCUACCUCUUGUACUAAAAGCCGUGAAGAAAAACCGAACAAGACGACAAUACGAGUGUCUUUCAUCAGCAACCUACAACAUCAGCAUGGCUGAGAUCUAUCCUCAAAAUCAACCACUCCAUCAUCAAACUCAAAUACCUAAGAAUAUCGGUCACCGGAGAUGCAAAACUGUCGGUAAUGGUUUCCAGUUUCCAGAUCAGAUAAGAUCUGGUCCUGUUUCUCCUUCUAAAAAACUUGAUAGGGCUAGGAGUCAUAGAAUGCUUUCAUGUUUAACAGGUGGUUGCUGAAGCUGUGCGCACACAGAAAAUUUAAUGUUAAUAUUAUAUGUAUUAUUUUUAUUUUUAUUUUGAUAAUAUUAUUGUUAGGGUCAUGCUAACGAGUGCCCCCGGGGCACUCUUUAAGGAUACUAAAUAAAGAAAAUAUUCUUUACAAAAGUCAAUAUUUCAAAUUUCAAUACAUUUUCAAUGCAUUAAAUA